AUAAAUAUGUCGUCAUGUAAGGAAUAUGAAAUGAGCGUUUCGCCCGAAAUUAGAUUAAAAGCAGAAAUGAACGGAAUGAAUUUAUUGCCGUUGAAAUCAAAAGAAAGGUAUCGAAUAACUGUAAAUUAGAAACGUCAUAUAUUUAAAUGUCAGUGUUUAAAAUUUGCAUUUAAAAACUAGUUCUUUUUGUUAAGGCGUCGAUAAAGUAUAGUACGUAACACAAGCUGUAAGUUACGUACUCGUUUAAUUUUGCCACUCGUACAAAAUAGGUAACAAUGUCGAAAAAGUCAAGUCAGGAUGACAUAUAUCUUGACUUGACCGAAAAAGAUAAUAACUUUGAAUUGAUUCCAGUAAAAACAGAUAAACAGACACGGUUUGAAGUUAACAGAGUAAACAAUGAAGAAGAAAACGAGGAAAUUGAACUCCGUGUUAAAAUCAACAGCUCAAAUGAUGAUGAGGAUGAUGUUCAUUCUUGUACAGAUAGAACCAAGCUGAAUAGUGAUUAUAUCAAAAGUUUUAGACAAUUGACAAGGGAAGCUCUACCUAGAUUGGAUAAUUACAGAAAUAUAAUGUCAGUUCAGGCGACUAAUAGACCAACAUUAGAUGAACUUCGAGACGCCACUCUUACUAAUAAGAUUAAUCAACGGACAAGUACAACAAAUGGAAAAUUAGUAGAAAGUAAGGGACAAUUCAAAUUUGGCUGGAUACAGGGUGUUUUCAUAAGAUGUCUAUUGAAUAUAUGGGGUGUUAUAUUAUUUCUUCGACUAACCUGGGUAGUGGGACAAGCUGGAAUAGGACAAUCCAUUUUAUUGAUUCUAACGACCACGGUAGUCACUUCUAUAACUUCAUUAUCAAUGUCUGCCAUUUGUACAAACGGGGAUAUAAAAGGAGGAGGAACAUACUACAUGAUAUCUCGGAGCUUAGGUCCAGAAUUUGGUGGUUCUAUUGGUUUGAUUUUUUCACUGGCAAAUGCAGUUGCAUGUGCAAUGUACGUUGUUGGUUUUUGUGAAUCAUUGCAAGACCUACUCGACGUUUACCAAAUGAAAGUUGUUGAUGGUGGUAUAAACGAUAUCAGAAUCAUCGGUAGCAUUACUAUCAUAAUUUUGACAACAAUUGUGGUUUUCGGAAUGGAAUGGGAAGCUAAGGCACAGUUUGCACUUCUUGUAGUGUUAAUUAUUGCUCUACUGGAUUAUUUCAUUGGUAGUAUAAUUGGUCCUCAAAGUUUAGAAAGCAAAGCAAAAGGCUUCUUGGGUUUUAACGCAACAUUAGGCUACAAUAAUCUUUUUUCUGACUACAGAUGGUCUGAGGGAAUGAGUCAAAACUUUUUUAGUGUCUUCGCUAUAUUUUUCCCGGCUGCUACUGGAAUAUUAGCAGGAGCUAAUAUUUCCGGAGAUCUUAAGGAUCCUCAAAGCUCGAUACCUAAGGGAACAUUGCUGGCUAUACUUGUCACAUCUUCCACCUACAUUUUGAUGUCAAUUGUCGCUGGUUGUACGGUACUUCGAGAUGCUAGCGGUAAUAUAACGGAUUAUGUAAAUGGAAGUUGGCCUGUUUGCUUACCUGGAAAUUGUACAUAUGGACUUCAAAAUGAUUUUCAAGUAGUAGAAUUAGUCUCUUGGGUCGGACCGAUAAUUUACGCAGGAUGUUUUGCAGCUGCCCUAUCAUCAGCUUUAGCAUCUUUGGUUUCGGCUCCUAAAGUUUUUCAAGCUUUAUGUAAAGACAAACUAUAUCCAGGAAUACAUUGGUUUGCUAAAGGUUAUGGAAUCAAUAACGAACCCUACAGAGGAUAUGUACUAACGCUUAUUAUAGCCGUUGGCUUUAUAUUAAUAGGUGAAUUAAACUUGAUCGCACCUUUGAUUUCAAAUUUUUUUUUGGCGGCAUAUACACUAAUAAAUUUCUCAACUUUCCACGCGUCGUUAGCAAAGCCGAUAGGAUGGAGACCAAAAUUUAAGUACUACAAUAUGUGGUUGAGUCUUCUAGGAUCAAUAAUGUGCUUAUUGGUGAUGUUUUUGAUAUCUUGGAUUACAGCUUUAUUAACAUUCACAGUGGUUUUAACCUUAUAUCUACUAGUAGCUUACAGGAAACCAGAUGUUAAUUGGGGCUCUACCACACAAGCCCAAAUGUACAAAAAUGCGUUACAGGGAGUAUAUCAGUUAAAUACCGUCGAAGAACAUGUAAAAAAUUAUAGACCUCAAAUAUUAGUAAUGUCUGGCAUGCCUAGUGCUAGGCCAGCACUAGUUGACUUUGCUCAUUUAUUAACCAAAAAUUUGUCUAUGUUGGUGUGUGGACAUAUUAAUACGACUUCCCUUCAACAAAGAGUACGAAAUGUUUUGAAUUACAAAGCUAAUAGUUGGCUGAGAGCUCACAAACUGAAAGCAUUUUAUAUGCAGAUUGAUGGCUUGUCUUUCGAAGAAGGUUGCAAUGCUUUAUUAAAGGCUUGUGGUAUUGGUAAACUAAAACCAAACAUCCUUUUAUUGGGAUUCAAAAAUGAUUGGCAGACAUGCUCUGAUGAAGACAGAUGUCAGUAUUUUAAUAUUUUGCACUCAGCCUUUGAUUUGCACAUGGGAGUAGGAAUUAUUAGAAUUCAGCAAGGCUUCAAUCCAAAUAUUUUUUAUGAAGAAGAAGCCAAAAGCGUUUGUAAUCUUCAAGGAAAUAAAUCAUACAGUCAAAUUUCACAAGCUAGCACAAGUAGUGGAGAAAAAUCUAUUAAAACUAACAAAGAGAUUGUUAGUGAAACUCCAAACCCUGACAAAUCUACGAAAAAAGCGAAAUCUGUAGAAGAAUCAGUGGAAGAACAGGAAGGAGUUAAAAAAACUUUGUCAACUGGAUUAUAUUUUAAAAAACAACAAAGAAAAGGGGGAACAAUUGAUGUAUGGUGGCUUUAUGAUGAUGGAGGUCUUACUCUUCUUUUGCCUUAUAUCAUUAACACUAGGAAAAGCUGGAGGGAUUGUAAACUAAGAGUAUUUGCAUUGGCAAAUAAGAGAAACGAAUUGGAAAUAGAACACAGAAACAUGGCGAGUCUUUUGGCGAAAUUUAGGAUCGAUUACGCCGAUUUACAAAUUAUAUCCGAUAUCACAACAAAACCUCAAGAAAGUACCAAGAAUUUCUUCGAAUCGAUAAUAGCAGAUUUCAGAUGUAGUAAAAAUGAUACUGAACAACCAGGAUGUAUAUCCGAUUCAGAGCUUCUGGCAGUGGAAGACAAAACGAACAGACAUUUAAGAUUAAGAGAACUACUGCUUAAACAUUCUAAUUCGGCCAAUAUUGUUGUUGUCACUUUACCCAUACCCCGCAAAAAUAUUAUUUCAGCACCACUAUAUUUAGCUUGGAUAGAAAUUCUCACAAAGGACAUGCCUCCUAUUCUCCUAGUGAGGGGUAAUCAAACAUCAGUAUUAACAUUUUAUUCAUAAUUAUAAAUAUAUAAUCAUAAUAUUUGCUGUAUAUUUUUACAAUAUAUAAAAUUUUUGAUACUUGAAAUUUAUCUUUAUAACAUUCAACCAAUAUAAGUUUUUGUGAAUCUUCUCAAACAUUUAAUGGAAUAAAUUGCCUUCAUGUGAAAGCUAAAGUCAUUGUUUGGACUAAAGAAACCUCAUAAAUUAUUAUUGAAUUCCAUGUUCAAUAAAUGAUUAGUAUUAAA